UCUCGCAAGCGCACAUUUCUCCUCCUUUUUUUGUGUGUGUUGCGGUCCCUUUGAUUUCGAUUCUUCGGUUUUGCAAGAAGAAGAGAAGGAGGCGUUUUGGAAAAAUUUUUGGGGGGUAGAGAGGAAGCUUGCGGUCUUUGUUCAUUCAUUUGAUCGGUCGGGUUCCUUUGUUGGAACAAAAGCAUGGGAGCACAAAUCUCCAAAACCGCUGGAAAAGAGGACGCCGCGGUGGAAAAGCCGGCAGAAGGCGCGGCAGUCGCGGCCAAGACGAACGGACAGGAGAAUGGUCAUGCCAAGACCAACGGUGAUGCUUCUCCAGCUGCAGAUGAGGCCAACAAGGCCGAGGUGCAGGCCAAUGGAAGCACUCCGACCGAGGAGGCACCCAAAGAAGAGGGCGAGAAAGUAGAGGGCGCUGAGGCCAACGGAGAGAAGGAGCCCGCUGCCACAAACGGUGAUGCUGCUGCCAAGUCAGAGGAAGGCACUGCAUCCACCAGCGAGGAUGGCAAGCAGAAGAAGAAGCGUUUCUCCUUCAAGAAGCCCUCCUUUAAGCUCGGCGGCUUCUCCUUCAAGAAGACCAAGAAAGAGUCUGAGGAGGCGGCAGAAGAGGGAGCAGCGGCAGCAGAACCAGCCGAAGGAGAGAAGGCGGCAUCAGAGGAGGCAGCUACUGAGGAGGCCAAACCGGCCGAGGCUGGCGAGGAGGGAGCCAAGGAGGCUGCAGCUGAGGAGCCAAAGGCAGAGGAGGUGAAGGCCGAGGAGGCAGCAGCACCGGCAGCUGCGGAGGAGAAACCCGCUGAAGCUUCACCUUCUGAGCCAGAGACGGCAGCCAGUCCAGAGGCCGCCGCCGCCGAGUAAUCCUGCUGAACGAGACACCGGAAUGAAGGAGACGAUGUAGCCCGUCUGAAGGAAUGCGAGGACUUGUCUAAAACCAGGGAUUUUUUUGUUUGUUUCUUUUUGUUAAUUUUUUUUUUUUUUUGUUGGUGUUUGUUUACUACUCUGCAACCAUCUCAUCCAUAAUGACUGCAGUGUCCCUGGCAGUGAUGGACAGGAGGUGUAGUGGAGAGUGUGCUGCUUCCUCACUGCUCAUUGGUGCUUGCAUUUGUGACAUGGGUGAGUGUGAAAGUGCGAAUGUGAGUGGGAAUGUUUUUUCUACAUGAAACCAUGACUGUCGACACGUUGCUGAAUUUGACAUAUAUUUAAUCAACAAGUAUUUGGUGCUGGGCGAUUGGAUGUAGCAGCUAAAGCUGUGUCUGCAAGAUCUGACACAUUGUGAUAUUUAAAGGGAAAGUCCUAAUCCAAGUCUUAAAUGUUGUCUUUGCAAUGCACAGUUGUUUACAACUCUUUAAAGCUCAACGCUCCUGUGGACACAAACCAUUCCUUGAAUGAACUAGAUUUAGUGAACUGUCAAAACAAUAGGUGCUCAUUCACUUUCCGUUAGAUUCCACCAUUUCCAAACUCUGUAGUAAUGCACGUUGUAUAGACUUUGAUAUUACUGGUUUUAUGACUGAGAUGUACCUAAAUGACUGAAGUUUUUAACAGAUUACCCAUUGUAAAUGAAGUUUUCUUGUUUUUCACCAUUUGUAAGAUUGAAUAAAAUUGGGAGAUGUUUUAAGCAA